AUGGUCGCGCAAAAUCCUCUCUUCCGUGGACGAUGGACCUGGAAAAAGUUCGGGGCUACCGUGUUGGAUGAUAUUUGGCCCGAGGUCAUCGUCUUCACACUGUUUGCGACGAUAAUCGUUCUCGUAUCUGAGAAAACUCGGGCCAAUCUUGGCGUCUCGAAUCAGCUGUUGACUGUCCUGGGUCUCGUUCUGGGCUUGGUGAUAUCGUUUAGGACUUCAUCUGCCUACGAGAGGUACCAAGACGGACGGAAGAUGUGGACGAACAUUACAGUCGCGUCGAAGAACCUUGCGCAGAUGAUCUGGAUACACGUUCCCGUUGACCGACCUGUACCAGCUGGUAGCACAGAAAAACCGAUGACACCUCUCGAAGUAAUGAUAGAAAAGAAGACGAUGGUGAAUCUGGUCCAAGCGUAUUCAGUCUCUGUGAAGCAUCUACUUCGUGGAGAACAAGGCGUCUACUAUGAGGAUCUCUACCCUCUAAUAUCUUUCCUACCCCACUACGCAAACGAAUCUUCUAGCAAACAGGACGAUGGGGAGUUGCUCCCGCUCUGGCAUCUACGAGACGAACAUGAUCACCUGCUUGAUUCUAUCGUCGUAGACGACGAGAAGAAGUCGAGCGGGCGGCACAUGAGAACGCAAACAGAGAAGACGAUGGUGGCCAGCUCGAGCAGUUCUGACACUGGUGUUCGUGGACCCGUGCCGGGAGGGCCCUACCACCGCCGCACACGUGUGGACACGUUCGACCCUGAGAUGGUGCUCCCAGAGAUCGGGAGCAACCAGCCUCUCAAACCAGCACGCAACCCACCAGAUUUGACGAUAUAUGACUACCUCCCCUUCCUCAGGCUGUUCAGGUGGUUAUGGCGCGUCGUGACACUUCAAAAACAUAAUUCAGGCGAAACCAAGAAGAAGAGGAGAAAAGCUUACGCGGAGAUAAUGGAGAGCCAUAUUCCGUUAGAGAUCACCUUGGUGCUAUCUAACUAUUCUGCGUGGUUAAUGAAGAAGGGCUUGCUGCAGCCUGCUAUCGCAACAGCUAUCACAAACACACUCUUGGUGUUUCAGGACUCUGUAUCGAAUCUGGAGCGAAUCUGCAACACGCCUCUGCCAUUCGCAUACCAGGCGCACCUCCGCAUGUCAUUGUGGCUUUAUCUCCUCCUGCUGCCAUUCCAGAUCUACUUAGCGUACGGAUACAUCACGAUCCCGGCCACGGCAUUUGCCUCCUUCCUACUUCUGGGAUUCCUGGAAAUUGGACAGGAAAUCGAAAAUCCCUUUAAUUACGACCUUAACGACCUAGAUCUUGAUUACUUCUGCCUUUCCAUUCAGAGAGACCUUCAUGAAAUCACGGCGCAUACGACAACCGACCCGUCCGAAUUCCUCUUCACUAAAUGGAACCAACCGCUAGCGCCAUCCGAUCGGAGAGAUGCCGCUGAGCUGACGAAAGACAAGGACAAAGAAUACCGUACCGUUGAUGGAAGCGGGGAGCCCGGGAUGGGCAGCCUCAGGAGGACCCUCGUUGUCGGAUGGAAGGAAGUAGAUUUGUUAACGAGGCAGCGGUGA